UUCUCGGUUGUCUGAUCUAGUCAAAUGUUAGGGAGUGAAGCUACCUGCAGGUCGGGCGGCAGAAACAAGUCGUAGGUUUCCCAGCAAGUUUCUUACAAGCCCAGAACUUCAUUCUAGUUACGGAAGAGAGACAGCAGACGACCAAGUUCACGACGAUGAAGUGGUUGUUCAGCUUUGUUUUGUUUGGAGUUGCUGCGUCAGCGCCGCAGUUCAAUCCACCUCUACCACCAGCAACACGGGAUAUUUUGAACGUAUUGCUAAAAAAUAUCCUCCGCCAGACAGGUGGUCCCGCGUUAAAAUCGGAGACGAAGCCGUCUGCUCCAUUCAAAUUUCCGUCUCUCGCAGCGCCCUUCCCACCACAGUUUGCGCCACCUCCACAGCCGUUCCAGCCGGGUCCACCGAUGGCUCCACCAGCGCCAAUGCCAGGACCAGCUGGCGGUGUCUUGAUGGAUCUACCGAACACUGGUGGAGGUUACGCUGGAGGUUAUCCUGGCUACGCACCCCCUGUGAUGAUGAGGUACUGCCCGCCUGGGCCCACCAGCAAUGACGCCUGUAAAGACCAGAAACUCCAAGAAGCUUUAUACCACCCAGACGGCAGACCAAGGUAUAACUGGGUGCCGCCAAGGAAUCCAUGGGAUACAAGUUUACCAGAUACAGUAAAAGAUACCGCAUUAAAUGUUUUAAUGAUGAAAGUAAACUCCAGGCCAGGCCGAGUUCCAACUCCUAAAGAAGCAGAAUUAAUGUCACUUUUAGGAGAUCCCAAAGAUCAACAUCUCAUGGGUUUUGGUGGAGCCCCUCAUGCCGGCUAGAGAAAGGGAAGCUACUCUGAAGUUAACGUCUCUAUGCCAAUGCUCGUCUGCAAAAAUUCCAUGAAUAAAUUCAACCAAUCAAGGAGCUUCUUUCACCUAGAGAGUUAACAUCCAAUCAAAUGUAUUCAUUGCUGCAGUAGUAGUUCCAUGUAUUUUGAAAUAUAAAUAAAUAUGACUGUUUUAUUGUUUUUA